AAAAAGCAUCAACAGUUUUUAGUCAGCACUUCUUGUUAGUGGAACCCCGAAAAUGAGAGCUUGCUUGCUUUAUUUAUGUAUAUUUACUCUGCUUCAGAGUAGAUAUGUACUGUCUAGACUGGUACGUCCCGAGAUAAAUAUACCUGGAUUAUUCUCGAUCUUAUAUAGUUGCCAACGUGAAGUAAAUGGUGAAAACAACGUUGGUUCGCUGCUGACAUUGGACAACGAAUCGACAUCCAAUAAGAGGGUGGACCUAAAGAGUUCUGCAAGGACUCAAGGUGAUGGCGCAGCUCAGUCAUCAUCCAAUGUAAACAUUAGAAAUGGUGAGCGCGUUCUGUCUAUUUCCAACAGUGUGGAUUCGGGCCAGCGGAGAGGACGACUACCCCGAAGAUCGAACAAUGGCAGAAACGAUCAAUCUUCCGUGGACAGUUCGGUAUCUGUCAACCUUGGCGAUGCGUUAUCCAAUAAUAAUCCUUUGCGUGGUUCCCGAAUUGUUCGAUUAAAACCCUAUCCUAGAACUGCUCAAGGAAAGAAAAGUAACCCAAUAUCUAUAUCAAUUGGUGACAGCAACGCCAAUAAUCAAAUCAUUCAGGAGGAUAGUCAACCAACCCAACCACCUCGAUCCUCCUCCCUGCUUGACCUUCUCCAACCGAGGUCACCAUGGGGAGUCGGUAUCAACAUUCAAGGAGGUAAGAGCAAGCCCAAAACUGUUCCUUUGGGGUUGCCCCUACGGAAUGCUUCAUAUGGCCAAAUCACCAGUUGUGUUAUAGAGAAAAUACUUAAACAAUAUCAAUCAAGUUUCUCUAACUAAAUUCAAUAAUUUCCAAUAAACGCUUGCGCAUUACCAUUAAAAGUGGAAAGAAAA